GAUCGUCCAAUACUUUGAAACUUAACGAAACACGUGCAUGUGUUGUGAAAAUAAAGCACAAAGAAAGGUGAAGAAACCACGGGUGACAACAAAAUCAAGAUUAAUGUGAAGUUUCGAAUAACAAUCGCAGUGCGGAUAAAAGUUUGCGUAACACAAAUCUAUGAUUAGUUUGUUAUAAUAAUUCUAAUUUUCCAUAAAAGUACGUGAUUUGUUGCUUUUUAUUCAUGUUUAACAUCAUCACCGAGGGCAAAAGGCUAGUUUAGUAAUCUGUAAUCAAAAGUAUUCCCAAAUAUGUCGCUAGUAAAGAUCAAGGAUGCCCCUACCGUUUGGAACUAUUUGAACGGGGUAAUCAAUGUAUACAAACCAGCAGGUCUUACGGUCCAACAAGUGCGCCACACAAUCAUCGGGAAUCUAUGCAGAGAUCUCAACCAGCUGAAGGUGCGUCCCCCACUGCAGCGGGUAGCCAUCGAAAGGGGUUUGGAUUCGAAGUUCCUCGUUCACAAAACGGAGGACCUGUCCGAUAAUGUCCUGGUUGUGGGACCUCGCUACCAAACAGAGGACAUACGAAUGCGGAUGAGCGCAAACCACGGUCGACUGACGAGUGGAGUUCUGGUGGUAGGAAUAAACAAGGGCCUAUCGAUGGCCUACCGGAUACAGCAGAACCGUCCGCUGCGGGUGUAUCGUGUGACCGGCUUCCUAGGCAAAGCCACCGAGACACAUUUCGGUGAUUCGCGAGUCAUCGGCAAGGCAACGGUGAAGCACAUCGGAAGUGAAAAAAUCAACCGAUUGUUGGCCUCGCUGCAGGCGUCCCAUCAGAAGAAGAUGUUCGAACUCUGUGGAGUGGAUAUGCAAUCACAGGCCGCUUACGAUUUGGCUGUGAAGGGCACGAUCCGGCCGGCAGACAAGUCUCAACCGAUGAUUUACGGAAUCCGGUUGGUGGAGUUUAGGAGACCUUUCUUCACCCUCGAAAUGCACGCCAUCAACGAAACGGAAGCCUACAUAGGGAACCUGGUUCAUGAGAUCGGCCUAAAUCUAAAAUCCGUCGCACAUUGCGUCGGCAUUCGGUGCAUUCGCCAUGGACAUUUCGAGCUGGGUGACGCCCUGCUUCGGAAGGACUGGAAUCUCCAGUGCAUCCUGGCCAAUAUGGCCCACGCAAAUCAAUUGCUCCAGCGGCACCCGGAAAUGCUGCAGCAAACCAGUUCGGAACUGGUCGAUCUUGAUGAGAACGUCCCCGAUCUUCAGCUGCGAAACGAACGCGAAUAAAUUUGAGUUCAACAAACACUUCCUGAAGGAA